CUGUUGCUAUAUUAAGCAUGUUUUCUGUUCUGGAUUAAACGAAACUUUAUUAGCAAAUAACAUUUAUAUUUGUCUAAGUUGGUUACAUAAUGUACAUAUAGCACUAAUCCCUUGUACAGUACUAAUGCUACUGCUACAAUUAAGUUUUACUGACUUGACAUCAACUCUGAAGGUUAUUAAUCAAAUCAUAGUUUGUUGAUCGGAAUAGCGAAUUUUUAAAUAAUUUAUCUGAGAUUUCUUACACUGAAAAACAAGUUCUGCACAUAUUUCGUUAUAAUUAACCGUAUUGUUGAUGUCUGCAAACUUAACAUGGAAAAUACGAGCCCGACAAACGAAACACUUCCAGUUUUUAAGGAAUUAACUCUUGACUCGAUUUCGAAAUCGGGAGACGAAGAGCGGAAUUUUGCGCACUUGAACAAGAAAGCAAACGCCCGUUUGGAAAAUGGGAGCAGCUUGCCUCCCUCUUGGAUGCAACAUUUCAAACCGGAAAAUAUGGCUUGUAAACCAUUGGAAGAAAUUGAUCCUUCGUACAAAAAUGAGACAUUUAUCGUGAUUGGGAAAGGAGGCACGAUAAAUCGGAUGUCCAUGAAUAACUCUCUCUUCCUCCUGCAUCCCUUGAACCCCUUGAGAAAAACAGCCAUCUUCCUGACCACGCAUUACAUAUUUUCAGCCUUCAUCGUUGCUAUUGUUCUGCUUAAUGUUUAUCAUUUGGUAACGAGAACUUGGCAAUGGUUCGACUACUUAUGCAUAUCUAUUUACUUUGUGGAGUUUAGUCUCAAAGUUUUAAGUCGAGGACUUUGUCAUGGAAAAUUUACAUGCCUGCGAAAUCCUUGGAAUUGGCUGGAUAUCUUGGCGAUAACGACGUCGCUCGUUGGCUAUGUUGUAGGGAUGGGUAUAAAAGCUAUUCUCAUCCUUCAGUGGUUCAGACUUCUUAAAAUUGUUCCUUUGAUUAAAGUCAUGCGUGAAGCAUUUUCAAUAACAUUGGCGUCUCUUGGUCGACUAUUCUCUGCAAUUUUGUUGGGCUUAAUGACAAUAAGUUAUUUUGCCUCGUUUGGCUUAAACCUGUACAUGGGAUCCUUGACUCAAAGGUGUAUCAAAAAUAUGGAACUACCAAUAACUGACGACAAAGAGUGGGUGCAGCAUCAUUCAAAUUUCAGCAACUGGAUUCCCGAUAUUUUAUGUGGAAAUGCAACUUCUUCAGGAUUGUGUCCUAACUCGUCGAUAUGCUUACAAGGGUUUGGAGCCAAUCCUGAUUAUAAUUUUACAAAUUUCGAUACAUUCAUUUCCUCCUUCUUACAAGUGUGGAGAAUUAUUUCGCAGGAUUAUUUGGAAGUUUUAAUAGCACAGAUUUUUGCAACGUCAGGAUGGCACGUCGUCACCGUUGCAUUUUUCUUAGUUAUAUAUUUCUUUGGAACAUUUCUCAUUGGAUCAUUUGCUCAUGGUUUGAUGGGUCAAUAUCUUCAAUCCACCUACAAUCAUGGAACUGGAGGCUUCUGUCGAUAUGAAAAUAGUACUGUCAAAAGCGACCCUGUUAACACAGGGCCGGUUGUAGAACCAACUGCGGACGUUACGAUGGGAAGUGGUGCUCCAACUUGGAAAGAUACCAUCGCAAAGAUUUCAAAUUCUUUCGGAUUCGAAGUGUUUAUAACUUUCGUGAUUCUAUUUGAUGUGUUUUGCUACUUUGCGAACAUGUCGCAAUACGAAGUUGAAGCGCCUGUGUUUACGCACAACAAUUCUCUGAUCGUGUUUUUUAUCUACUUGGUCGAAUUUGUCUUGAAACUGAUCGGCUCCGGGGCACAGAUUUAUUUUAAAAACUAUUGGAACAUCUUUGAUUUUGUCAUCUUGGUUCUCACAGCAUUAGGAGAAUUUAGCAAAAGAGUGCACCAGUUGACAACGUUUGGAUUUCUGAUAUCUUGCAUUCGGAUAUUCAAAAUAAUACCUCGUUGGUCAGGUCUGCAAAACUUAAUCAAAUUUACGGCCCAAACUCUGAAACAAUUUUGCGGAUUUUUUGGAGUAUCGUUCACUUUCUGGGUCCUGCUAGCACUCAUUGGAAUGGAAUCAUUUGGUGAUGCUUACAAAGAAAACCAACACUUAUUCCCACACGGGGCACUUCCACGCUUCCACUUUAUCUCGUUCACGCAUUCCUUCCUCCAAGUAUUUCGAUCUUGGUCUAAGGAAACCAUAGAAUUGUUAUGGGAUUGCAUGCUCGUGUCGGGUACAGUUGGUUGUCCAAUAUAUUUUGCAACUGUACAACUCCUCGGAUUCCUUUUCAUAAUGACGAUCGUCAUUAGUGUCGUUCUGCUGACUGUAAAAACUUUGGAGAAUAGGAAGCCAAACAUGGACGGUACCCCAUCAAAUAGUACAUCUACCUUUACAAAACUUGGCGAAUUGGUACUUUUAAAACCAAUGGAAGUGAUCAACGCAAAGUUUGCUCCGAAAAAAAGGUCAGAAGAGGUCAAAGUUCUCCAGAGGAAAGAUAGUGAGGAGACGUCCCCCAGCGAGGAUCGUGAUGAUAUUGAAGGCAAAAUUAGAACUGGUUCUACUUCACAGGGCGGAGGUGGAGAUUAUCUGAUAAAAAUUAGAAAUUGUGUCAACAGCAGACCCGUCCUCAUAUUCUCUGUCCUACUCAUUACAUUUUCUUCACUUUUAUUGACUUAUGAAGGACCAGUCCAAUCUGCGCAAGUUGAUACUGCCAGUUUUUCUACAACCUUAAUUUUCUACACGGACAUUAUAUUCGUAAUAGUUUUCUCGUGCUUGCUUAUUUAUAACGCGUUUGACCAAGGAGUUUACUUUUGUCUAACCUCGGUGGCUUGGAAUUUAGAACUGUGGAUUAUUUUGGAAAUUAUUUUACAUUUAUCUUUUGGUCCAUGCCGUGUAAUGGCAUUCUGGUGUUCAACUCUUAUCUUAAUUCGCUGCCUGCGUCCAGUAAUGCUUGUCUUAAGAAUUAAAAGAUUGGAGGUUGUCCUGCUCACCUUGCGGAAUCAACUUCAAACCACGUUCACUUAUAUUUUAAGUUGUAUCUAUAUUUGGUUCUUUUUUGCCAUCAUCAUGAACCAAUUGUAUCGCUAUGGCUUUUCAUGGUGUGUCAGUCCGGAUUCUGAUGAUUUUGAGUUAUCUGAGAAGCUCAAAUAUAACACGGAUAAGAUGACUUGUAUGAUACACAACUAUACAUGGGAGACUACGACACACCAUUUUGACAAUGGAUUCGAAGGUUUAGUCGCAACAUUUCUUCUACCAACGAGAAACGGAUGGAUUUCAAUUCUCCACAAUGCAUUUGAUGCAAAAACGACAGGAUAUGGUGACGUUCCCAUGGAAAAGGAAAACAAUUUAGAGAGAUCAGUUCCAGUAUUCGUCGCCUUUUACAUCUUUGGAAUUGUAAUUCCAAUAAGCAUUGUCAUCGGCGUUGUGACUUUUACUCUUCGAAAAUCUAAGGAGUCUUUUUUCACCAUUGAAACCUAUAAAAGAUAUUUCGAACUUAAUAAACAGUCUGCAUUGGAAGAGCCGACACCGGUCAUUCCCAGACCUGAAUCAGCCUUCAGAGGAAAAGUGUACGAUCUCGUCACAUCCAAAGCAUUUGACAUCAUUGUCAUGGUCAUCUUAAUCCUGACUUUUAUCAUAUUAUCCACUGAAAGUUAUAGAGCAUCGGAUUUGGAGGUGCAAGUUUUAUAUCAAUUACUGCUCGUUGUCCUGAUCCUACUCUUUAUUGAACUGGUGUUAAAGCUGAUUGGUCUUGGGAAACAUUUUUUUGCAUGCGGAUGGACCCGACUGGAUUUGUUCAUCUUCGUUUUGAUGGUGCUAUCAAUGAUGUUUUCCGACUUGGUUCACAAGUAUAUAGUCCAUCCAGUAAUUCUCUUAUUCAUACGAAUCAUCCGAAUUAUUCGUUUCCCGAUAUUUUCUUCGCGACUUCCAGACAUAGAAACAUUCUUCAAAUCAUUCUCCCUUGUAAAACCUGUUUUGACAAAUAUUCUCGUGUUUCAAAUUAUUCUAAUGUAUUGCUACUCGAUUUAUGGAAAAUACGUCUUUGGACAUGUGGCACAACAACAAUCUGAGCCCACAGAAGCACAUUUUGGAACACUUUCAUCCUCGUUCCUUGCUCUAUUUUUUAUUUCAGCAUUUCAAGGCAUUGAUGGCAUUCUUGUGUCGUUAUCAAAGGAAUAUGAUUGCGAAAUUGGUCCUGAAUCAGAAAAUCCUUGCGGCGAUAAAGUACACGCAGCAUUUUUUGUUUUUUCAUAUUUAUUUUUUAGCAUUAUUAUUUCGAUCAACUUUUACCUGAUUUUUAUCCUGGAACUUGUUUCUCAAAUUAAUUUAAAGAAUGGUGAUACUUCUGGAGACCAAUUCGGCGAUAUUGAGCUUAAAACAGUGGAUGCAGAUGAAGAAAGUGAGGCAAAAGAAAUUGCAUAAUGUGAUUGAACUGUGUUCGUUGUUUCAAACGUUUAAAGCAUAACUAUAUUUACAACAUAAUAUUUAUUUAGGGCAAAUAUUUUUGACACUUGGAAUUUAGAUUAUUAUAAUACUAUUUACUCUAUUUUAGAUAUGAGUAUUAUUGGUGGAUCUUCCAGGAAUACACUAAUUAAGCGUGAAUUGCAAGAUAUACAUAUACAUAUUUCAUAAAUAUUAUCCUUGUAAAUCUUGGCCAACUAAACAUUAAAUGAUAAAUGAAAACUUAAAAUUA